ACAUGGAAGUAUUUAUAAAGUGGCCGUCAGUGCAAGUUUUCAUCCCGCUGCAACCUCCCUCAGUGGCCGGACUCCUCUGCCCUGUUCCCCAACCGCAUCACUCCAAACCCGGUGUUUUAAGAUGGCAGACGGAGGCACUCAAUGUUUCUACUGCAGAGAGGACCUGGGGGGGAAGAGGUUCGUCCGAAAUGAGGGGCAUCCCGUUUGCGUUCGCUGCCACACCAAGUUCUGCGCCAACACCUGCCACCAGUGCCAUCGACCCAUCUCUGUGGAGACCAAAGAGCUGACCCAUAAGAACCGUCACUGGCACGAGGACUGUUUCCGCUGUUCUAAAUGCUACAAGCCUUUGGCCAAAGAGCCGUUCAGCACCAAAGAUGAGAGGAUCCUGUGUGGAAAGUGCUGCUCCCGAGAGGAUGCCCCACGCUGCCACAGCUGCUACAAACCUAUCCUGCCCGGCACAGAGAGCAUGGAGUACAAGGGGAACUCGUAUCAUGAGGACUGCUUCACCUGCUCCAACUGUAAACGUCCAGUCGGGACACAGAGCUUCGUCUCCAAGGGUGAAGACAUUUACUGCAGCUCCUGCUACGACAAGAAAUUUGCCAAACAGUGCUUCAGCUGUAAAAAGCCCAUCACCUCUGGAGGCGUGACGUACCAGGAGCAGCCGUGGCACGGUCACUGCUUCGUGUGCACGUCCUGCUCCAAACCUUUGGCCGGGACUAGCUUCACAAACCAUCAGGACCAGCCCUUCUGUGUGGACUGCUACAAGGUCAACGUGGCUAAAAAGUGCGCCGCGUGCCACAACCCCAUCACAGGAUUUGGAAAAGGCAUAAACGUGAUCUCGUUUGAGGGCUGCUCUUGGCAUGAGUACUGCUUCAACUGUAAGAAGUGCUCCCUGAGUCUGUCCAACAAACGCUUUGUGGCCAACGGCAAAGACAUCCUCUGCACCGACUGUGGCAACAAGUGAAACGAGUGUUUGGAAUGAGACAAGCCAAACAUGGUGACCAGACAUGAGUUCAAUUUAUGAAGCACAUGAAUUAAUCUUAAGUUGUUUGUUGUCAUAAAUGUUAUACUUUCUGUGUAUUUCAAAAAGCCAUAAUCAUAACAAUUUGGGAGUUAUUUCUAUGUUGUUUUUUUGUUUUGUUUUUUUAAUAAACAUUUAUGCACUUUGCCAAAUCAAGUGGUUAUUAAUUGUACUUUAAAAUUUAUAUAAAGAGCAAGCUUUUGUCUUAAAACAGAAUAAAUGCUUAAUAAAAA